UCCUUUGCUGUUUCAUCGUCUGUAUGUUCUGCGCGUCGAAACCACCAGAGAUAAAUCUCUCCAGGUGCUGUGAUCUAUUCCAACAAUUUCCAUAAUUUUUUUUUCCUUGGAUCUGGUUUUUCAUAGUCACGAAUCGCUCUGCUUAGAUAUACUUUGUCAUCUCAAUCGAAACAGUAGUCGCAAUUCUCGCCUCUAUCGAACUGAAAGGAGAAGAUCUGUGGUUUAUUUGGUCUCUUUGUUGUGGUGGUUACUGAUAUAAUGGCGUCUGGGACAAUGGGAGGGUUGUCUGAGGUAUAUAGCAGUGCUAAAAGAAUUCUACUGAGGGCUCGCGACGGUAUCGAUAGGUUGGAAAGGCUCGACUCUGAUCCUACCGACCUGGCCUCCUCUGUGAAACGAGAUAUUACUGAGAUUCAAUCUCUCUGCUCCAAUAUGGAUGGUCUCUGGCGCUCAAUCCCUGUUAAGUCCCAGCGUGAUCUUUGGAGAAGAAAGAGUGAACAAGUAGGAGAAGAGGCUGAGUAUUUGAACCAAAGUCUGGAAAAAUAUAUGUGGAGGAAUCAGAAGAAGAUGUUGGAAGCUAAAGAGAGAGCUGAUUUGUUAGGUAGAAGGAGUGAAGAAGGAGCUCACAUUUUGCAAAUAUUUGAUGAGGAGGCUCAAGCAAUUAACUCUGUCAAGAAUUCAAAGAGAAUGCUCGAAGAGUCGUAUUCAAGUGGAGUUGCUAUCCUCUCCAAAUACGCUGAACAACGGGAUCGUUUGAAGAGCGCACAACGUAAGGCUUUGGAUGUUCUCAACACUGUAGGGCUCUCCAACUCUGUGUUGAGGCUAAUCGAGAGGCGUAAUCGUGUUGACACUUGGAUCAAAUACGUCGGUAUGAUCGCAACUGUUGUCAUAUUGUAUUUCUUCGUAAGAUGGACGCGUUAAACCUUACAGAACUGAAUACACAUGUUGUAGUAUGUAGAGAGUUAUGUGACGUGAUCUUAGGAUCAUUUGCCUUUUUUUUCUUUUUGUUUAUGGCACACAUUUACGGUAUCAAGCUUGAAAUUGUCAGUAUAGUACACGUAUUCUUGAUUUCCUUUGUGUUGAAUAUAUAUGCUCUUUGCCUGUGCAA